UCUCUCUGUCUCUCUCUGUCUCUCUACAGCUAUUGGAGUACAGAUGACUCUGGACAUGUUUGAAACAAGGUUCUGGGCCACCACCUCCCAGCCUAAUGACACAGAUUGUACUAACAUCGAGGGGGUGUGUCCGCUGAGCUGUAACAGCGUGGACAUAGCUUGCUACCUCAUCGAUAACAACGGGUUCAUCAUCAUCUCGAAAGAACAACGGGAGACCGGCAGGUUCUUUGGGGAGGUGGACGGCUCAGUGAUGGCACAGCUCAUCCGUAUGGGCAUGUUCAAGAGGGUAUCUCUGUUUGACUACCAAGCCAUGUGUAAGAUGGGCUCGCAUUCUGCAAGCAGUGCUCGACCCCUUCUGAGUCCCUUCUAUGGCCUGGUAGCAGCACUGAAGUGGUUCCUGUCCAACUUCCUGCUAUUUCUGCUGGAGUUCAACAUCUGUGGACUGUGGCACUCUGAGCACUUUGCAGAUGCCAAGGCGUCCUUCCAAGUGUCGGCCCACAAGAAGAAGGGAGACAUCUUGCAGCCGUGUGAUACAGAGUACCCCAGCUUUGUCUACGAGCCGUCCAUCAAGGAGACCAACAGCCUUAUUAAGUGUGGGCGCUGCCAGAAGAUGUUUGUGACACAGCAGGUUCCAGACAGUAACCUGCUGAUGCUGGUAGUCCAAGCAGACUGUGACUGCUCCCGCCAGUACGGACCAAUCACCAUGGAGCCCAGGGAGGUCAAAUAUAUCCUUAAGCUACAGUAUACUACAUAUACGUAUUUGUCAUUGUGUGUAUGUGACCCUUGA